AUGCAGUGGUUGAAUGGGUUCCUGAGCUUUUGGUACCGAGGCGAGAUGCGAACGGUGCGGGCAAGCAGAUUGCCAUGGCACAUCUUCCUUGGUCUCUACACUUACGCCCUUGCAGUUGCAACCGCGGAGACAGGGUUGAUGGAGAAGCUCACUUUCACGGAAAUGAGAAAGCACAGUGACAGUUCUGCCUCCAAACGCUCUCCGGAAACAGUGGUUGCUAAUGGAUUGGGGAUGGGGUUGGCUUUGCUUGGUGGAGUUGUAAUAUUGGCAGCAAUUUCUCCAAAGCACCAAGCUACCCUUCAACGUAAAAGUGUGUACUCUGUGUCAAACUCCAAGUGCUAA